AUGCCCGACCUCGCGGGAACCGAGGACUCGGUGGAUGGGAUGGGGACCGUCAGGCUAGCUGAGGAAGAGGAUUCCGGCUUCUUCGGACCUUCGUCAAAUGUGGCAUUUUUGCGACACCUGACACGAGGUAUUAUCAAUUCCGGGAAGGUACAUGGCACGCUAUCUACUUCUGCGUCGGAUACCGGGGCCUGCGAUGGGGGCUUCGUGAAUGCCUCGCGGCCUCCAAGCCCACCGGGGAAACAUGGGAGUCGACAGUUCAAGCGGGACAGAGAGAGCAUAUUUACUCUCCCUCCACAUCAGGAGAUGUUGAAUCUCAUCAACACAUACUUCUCGGACACAGGGCUUCUUUUCCCGUACAUAUAUCCGCCGACCUUUCUUGAGACGUAUCAUCAGAUGGUGCGAGAAAACUUCAAGAAGGUUCGACGGACGUGGCUGGGGCUCUUAAACAUGAUCCUGGCGAUGGCAACAAUUACUAGAGCACCAGGUAAUGCUGACGCAGAUACUCGUAUCUCUGAGUCCGAUGUUUUCUAUCAGCGCGGUCUCGCUCUAUGUGGAAGUGAGAUCUUGCGGGGGACAACCCUCGAAGUUGUUCAAUACCUUCUCUUAAUGGGCCAAUACCUCCAAGGUACUCAAAAGUCCGUGCAGGCCUGGACGGUCCAUGGGUUGGCUGUCAAAGCAGCUCUUCAGCUCGGUCUUCACUCCCGCGCUGCGUCUAAAGCUUUCUCUCCACUGGAGCAAGAGAUAAGGAAGCGUACGUGGUACGGCUGUGUUGUGUUGGACAGAACGCUGUACAAGCAAAUGUGGAAUGUCAUAGACCUUCUAUACGGGCAGAAUCUUGGCUGCGACGCGCCACUCUCAGUCAGCGAGACUGUCGCACAAGCAUUAUCUGUGGAGCGGCAUUUAUUCGCCUGGGAGAAAUGUCUUCCUGAUUCCCUGCGUCUGAUUAGUUCGGCGGGAAUCAAUGAAAUCAUCCAAGAGCCAUCAGCUGACUUUCAGUUCUCGUCCUGGAAAUUCCGGGUCAUCUUAACGCUCCGCUACUUGAACCUCCGCGUGCUAUUGCAUCGUCCUGUUCUUGUGAGAUUUAUUGAUGCUUGUGGCGGGUUCCAACCAGAUGCGCAAGAACUCAAGCUGCUCCAACAGCUCGGUUUAAAUAGCAUGCAAAUAUGUGCGGAGUCGGCGAUGGAAAUCAUCGAUAUUGUGCAUAGUGUAGUGCACGAGUGCGGUCGACGACACAACCUCCUUGGGGCUUGGUGGUUCUCACUGUAUUACACUUUUAAUUCCGCUUUGGUUAUAUUGGGAAUCCUCUGGGUCAGCCGCGAAGAGAGCAUCACGGGAAAAACGAUGGAGUCGCUGGAGCAUAAGUCACGGCCAUACCCGUACCGUGCGAUUGCUGCUCUGCUCAAGCUUGACAGUGGAAACCGUAUGAUCGACCGCUGUCGUAUAUACCUCGAGCGGUUCACUAACACGCUGAAUGUCCAGAGUGAGUCUACGCUCCUACCUAGCUCUUCGACGACCAGUACUAAGUAUUUUGUCUUGUUUUAG